ACUUGUUACUGCCUGAGCUACACGGAUAAUCAGAAACAACCAAAGAACUCAAGUGGAGUAGGAGAACCAUGGAUCUAACAUUGAUCACAACCCUGUGGCUCUUCAGUAGCCUGAACCUACAACAUGCAUCUGCUUUUAACCUGGAUAAUACCAACGUUCUGAGGAAAAGAGGAGAUGCUGGGAGUCUGUUUGGAUUUUCUCUUACAAUGCAUCAUCAACUCAAACCUGCUGAUCAGCAAUUCUUGCUGGUUGGUGCUCCACAUGCAAAAGCUUUACCCAUGCAGAAAGCCAACAUAACCGGAGGUCUGUAUCGCUGUAAAUUCACAACGAAGAGUGACGACUGUGAACGGAUUCCUGUAGACACUGAAGAUUCAAAACCAGGACAGGGAUUAGACCACCGGGAAAACCAGUGGAUGGGAGUGAAUGUGAAAAGCCAGGGUCCAGGAGGAAAAGUGGUGGUUUGCGCUCACCGCUACCAGCAGUGGAUACAUGAAAAUCAGCUGGUACUGGGCAGGUGCUUCAUCUUGGAACAGAACUUGGUCGUUGAAGACACGAGGACCUUCUGCCGCAAUCGGCCCAAAGACAAGGACCUGUUUGGUUACUGCCAGCAGGGCGUCUCUGCAGCUUUUACCAAAGACAAGAACUACAUUGUGUUUUCAGGGCCUGGUGCAUACGACUGGAAAGGUACUGUCCGCAUGGAGCCUAUUGAAAACUUUCUUCUGGAUUCCUAUGAAACCGGAGACCAGAAUGCGUUUAAUGAAUGGCGCAUUCCUUUGACCCUCAGCAGCUAUUUAGGUUUUGCUUUGGACUCUGGAGUGAAUCUUCUUAAAAAAGGAGAGCAGGUCAUAGUCGCAGGAGCACCACGUUCCAAUCUCAGUGGUGAGGUUUUGUUCUUAUAUCCUGAAGCUGUGGAGGAUCAGAGAAGUCUACGUAUAGCUCACGUUCUCCAAGGUCCAGGUCUGGCAUCUUCUUUCGGGUACUCGUUGACUGUAUUGGACCUCAAUGCAGACGGAUGGGACGAUAUUGUGGUUGGUGCUCCUCAGUACACAUCGACGGACAUGGAGGCAAGAACAGGAGGCGCUGUUUACAUCUACAUAAACCGCAGAGACGGCCGAGACUGGGACAGAUUACAGCCAGACGUUCUUAUCGGCAACAAAGACUCCAUGUUUGGACUAGCGGUGGCAAAUAUUGGGGACAUCAAUCAAGAUGGAUACAACGAUUUUGCAGUUGGAGCACCUUACGAUAACGAUGGUGAUGGAGCAGUGUACGUUUACCUCGGCAAAACCGGGCACUUUUCACAACAAGAGAACCAAGUAUUACAGGGUAAACCCCAUCAAAUUAAGCUGUUUGGUUAUUCCCUGGCCGCAAACAUGGAUAUAGACGGUAAUGGCUACCCAGACUUAGCCGUGGGCUCACUUUCUGACACCGUCCUUGUCUACAGGUCUAAACCAGUAAUUAGCAUUGAGAAAUCCUUGACAUUAGCACCCAGUGAAGUGAACUUCCAGGAGAAAGACUGCCAGAAAGGUCACUGCAUGAUAAUAGCUGAAUCCUGCUUCUCUUACACGACCUAUCCAGAGACGUAUAACCCCAGACUGCAGAUUCUAUAUAAGCUGAAUGCUGAUGAUCAGUGGGUUCAGGAUGGUCGUCAGUCACGUGUCAUUUUCCAGAACAAUCAUAAAGGAAACAUUGUGCUCCAGACACCGGGUCAAAAACAAUGUGUGCAAAGCCGCCUCAGGCUCCGGGCCAACACUGAGAACAAGCUUACAGAAAUCCCAGUGAGCAUGUCAGUAUCUCUGCCACAGAGCAGUCCUCCUCAAACCCUGAGCCGAAGCUCUUUACCUGCUCUCCAGCCAGCACUCAAUGAUCUCCAGCCUCAGGAAAGCACAGCCAAAUUCAUGUUUUUGAAUCCUGACUGUGGAAGUGAUAAUAUCUGUCAGAGUAACCUGCAGCUACAGUACAGCUUCUGCAACAAACACCAGGACUCGUGUUCACCACUAGCCAGGGAGGACGGAGUGGCAGUGAUCUCUCCCGGUGCUGGGAACACGGCUCUGGAGAUCACCGUAACCAAUCAGCAUGGAGAUGACGCUCAUCUCGCGCAACUGGUUGCGAAAUUUCCAGAAUCUCUUCCUUUAUCAUCGGUCGUCCUCAAAGAAGACAGUGAACUGAACGUGCAGUGUGACGUGGACGGGACUAAAACCAGAGCCGAAUGUGAUCUUGGAAAUCCUUUCAGGAGAAAUGCAGAGGUAACGUUUUAUCUGUUGCUGAACACCGAUCGUCUGAGCCCGAGCGUAACAGACGUCAAUGUGACUCUCAGUCUACAGACGAUCAGCAUGCAAAAUACUUCAGAAAUCGUUGCAGAGGCUCAAGUUUUCUUCGAGCUGUAUCUCCAAGUGUUUGGACUGGCCAAACCUUCUCAAGUGUACUAUGGGGAGAUGAAGAAGAACAAAUCGGAUGUGGAGAUCGGAGAACCUGUGCAGUACGAGUUUACAAUCAGUAACAUGGGUCGACCACUGAAGUCCUUCGCCUCUGCAACCCUCAACAUCCAGUGGCCAAAGGAGAAUAAAGAAGGCAAGUGGCUCCUGUACCUGCUGCACAUCACCGGGCCCAACAACCAGAGCAUCCCGUGCAGCCCAGCCUUGGAGAUCAACCCUCUCAACCAUGCUCAGGAGGUGAUGUCCAGAGGAAAACGGGAAGUGGGAACUGAAGCAAAAGUCUCAGCUCUCAGCACUGAGGGACUCCUGUCCUUAUUUGGAAGCAAAAGACAUUACAAAUAUCUGACGUGUGGUGAUGAAUUAAAGUGUGUGGAGCUCAGAUGCCCCCUAAAGGCAGCAGACAAAACUGCAGUUAUUCUGCACUCCAGACUGUGGAGCAGCACUUUGGUUGAAGAAUACAGCUCUCUGAAUUAUCUGGACAUUGUUCUGAAUGCUUCUCUCAGUCUGGACGGAUCUCAGAAAAACAUCCGGUUGCAAGAAUCUCAAACACAGGUGAGACUUACAGUAUUCCCAAAAAAGAAGCCGAUGUUUCUCAGUCGAGUUCCCUGGUGGGUAAAUCUGCUCAGCGUGGUGCUCGCACUGUUCCUACUCUGCCUCCUGAUAUACUUCCUGUCUAAGCUGGGAUGCCUGAACUGUUCGCUGUGCAUUGAAGAUGAAAAACAUACUACAAAAUAGAUUUGUAGUUCUGUCAAAUGUAAAAGAAAGUAAUGUGAAUAUUCUAAUAUUUUUGUGCUCUAUUAUGUUUUAAUUCAAGU